AUGUCACAAAUCCAACAGCAAUUGGAAGGCAUCCCGGGGUACGACAUCGUUAUGGAUAAGUUUAACGAGUAUGCCGAAGACCAUUGGAACAACACCGACCCAUACACCGAUAAAGAGACUGGCAAAAAGUUGAAACUACCCCCGGACAUCACUACAAAACAGGAGCAGAAAGCAUGGGCCAAGAUCCAGGCCAUGGCUUGGACGCAUGAUAAAUGUCUAUGUGGAUCAUGUGGCGUAGGCAUGGACUGCGGAUUGGGAUUAGUUCCAUUUACCGUGUUUUUCUUCCCCGUGUUGGGUCCAUUGGUGAUGUAUAUGAUUCACAUGAGAUUGAUUUCGUUGGCAAAUGAGCGAUUCCAUCUACCCAAUAAACUAAUGGCGCAAAUGCAAGGAAAUAUUGGAGUCGACUUGUUGAUUACGUUUCCUCCCGUGAUUGGCGGCUUUUUUGGAUGGUUGCAUCAAUGCUCGACCCGGAAUGCAGGGAUGAUUUAUUGCUGUGUUGUCAAGAUGGCAAAAGAGAGGCAGGCUCAGGGGGCAGUGAAGUAUACCGGGAGUGGAGUUAAUGCUGGAAAUUACGGCGGUAGUGAGUCUCAUUUCGGUCAAACAGUGAAUCAGGAACCACUUCUGCUGCUGCAACAACAACAACAACAACAACAACAACAACAACAACUGAGGAGUGUGCUGUAUGGUGUUCCACAGCAACAACCACAACCUGCUUAUACACAACGGUCAGCGCGAAGCAAAAAGAAUGUACAGAACUCCAUCGAGGUGGGUCAGCAACAGCAGUCAGGGUUCAUAUAG